GCUCGACCAGUGGGGUAGCAAAGCGCGCUCCUCUCAGUUAGCUUCGCGCUUCUCCCGAUGACGCAGCGCCAAGUUUCCACGCCGCGUCGGCAAAUCUAGCUGAAACUUCACAGUUUUCAACUUCACAAAGCCGUUCUGCGAUGACUGCUCAAGAGCGCUUCGCCGCUUAUUUCCUGCUGCUUUCCUCUGCGCCCCUGCUUGGCGAAGGCAUCAGGUGCUACGUGUGCAACUCACGGCAAGACCCGCGCUGCCUGGACCCCUUCCAGUCGGCCAGCAACAGCAGCGGCAUUGGCGGUGCACUGGCAACAGUUGACUGUGAGCAGGACAAUGGGGUGCGCGAGGCCCUGGAGACGGUCGCCAACCUCAUGACCAAGCUUGGCCAGGCCCCCGCCCACGACAAGUCCGACAUCCUCGCGCACAGCGUCACCUCCACCAUACCCACCUCUUGCCAGAAGAUCGAUCUCACUUUACUGGGCGAAAAGGUGACAGGCCGAGGCUGUUCGGUGCACCAGAUGGAAGGCUUCAACCCGUGCGACGCGGUCAAGCUGGUGAUGACGUCAGACGUGCAGCUCGACUACUGCGGCGUCUGCAGCCACGACGGCUGCAACACGGCUGCUCCACUCCUCCUCAUCCGACCCCCCUACCUCCUCCAACUCAUCUGCCUCCUCCUGCUUCUCAUCGGUAUCAUCAAAUAAGCAACACGACAAACAAGACAAUUUUGUAACCAAUAGAAACCGUCUGCAUUUUUGUAGUGGAAUCCGUUCGAGAUCAGAUUUACGGCUAUGAAACUAUUCGCUCUUUCAUCGUCUUGGUGAAUAAUGAACUUGACUAGUAUAAAAAAUUUUCUAAAUUGUUAUUGUAGAUCCAGUUGGCUAUGGCUAUGAAGAAGUUUAUACAUUUUAAUUUUGUUGCAGAAACUUGCUGAGUUCAUGAAACAUGUUUUAAGGAAGCGAAGUAGGAAGUAGUUUGUAGUACUUAAAAUCAGCUUAAGAGAUCAGGUUUUGGAAAAAUUAUGCAAUACUAUAUUAAUAUUUUCUAUGCUAUAUUUUAUAAUUAUUCAAUCUACUCUCUGGAACAGAUUUGUACCUUUUUUUAUUUUUUUAGAAUAUUGAGUAUACCGUACUUACGAGAUACUUACUUAACUAAUAUUUAAAUUAUUUUUCAUGUAUUAUUAUAGACUUACUGGAAAAAGAGGACACGUAUUGAUUAUGGUUAAAGAUGCUUUCUCUUAUUUUCGCACAGAGAUUAUCAUUAUUUGCUACAACAAAGUCUAAUUGAAGCAGGAAAUAAUUUAGAUAGAAAGCUAGAAAAGGAUAAAUUUUACUAAAGUGGAUUCUUUCUUAUGACAGUUUUCAAGAGCUUAGCUUGAUAUUAGAUCAAUGAAAAAACGACCUUGUUUUUUUUAAAUUAAAUGAAUGUAAACUCUCAAAUUUUAACAUUCAAGCAGUUUUUCUGUUUUUGCAAGAGCUAUUACUGAGGAGUGUGGACAGUCAUCACCACUUCAAUAAAUUCUAAUUGACCGAGCGAAGUGAGAUCUAAGAUUCAAGUUGACGGUUUGGCAUUUCUCUAUGUUUAAAUGUUUAUAUGUUGCGCAUUUACGGCAAAACGCAGUAAUAGAUUUUCAUGAAAUUUGACAGGUAUGUUCCUUUUUAAUUGCGCGUCGACGUAUAUACAAGGUUUUUGGAAAUUUUGCAAUUCAAGGAUAACAUAAAAGGAAAAAGGAGCCUCCUUCAUACGCCAAUAUUACAGUAAAAAUCAGACUUUAGAAUUAUUCAUCAUAAAUCAGCUGACAAGUGAUUACACAGAUGUGUGGAGAAGCCAGUCUAUUGCUGUAUUUCCAUAAGGUCUAUAGUUUCAAUCAGGUACUUGUGGAUGAGAAUACUGCGUGUGGUCUACUGUUCACAGAACUACUAGUAUACAUUAGGCCUACCAUUUUGCUAUUCUCCACCCACUGUAUUUAUAAGUAGCUCAUACUUUAGUGUUUAGUUUCAUAGUUUUUUUUGCAAGUACGAUAGAUUAUUAGGUGAACUUAAAACGAUGAAUUAUAGUCAAAAAAUUGUAACACUAAAAUUUAAUAUAAUCAAUCACCUAUUUGAGCUUAUUACUAUCUGACUAAUAGAAUUUGGGACACAAAUCAUAGUUUGCCCACAUCUUAGAAUUUUGUGAAUAAUAUUUAUAUGUAUUUGAAUAAAGGUAUGUAUUUUUCACCAAUACCUAUAUCCAAGAAA